UGAUUGGCGACCCGAUAGAAUUCAUACCCUGAGGCCUGAGCCAGAGAUGACAAUAACAAUAACCCGGUCACGGUCAGGACCAAACUGUGCCAACUGCAGAGAAAAAAAAAGAACUGGAUCCGGAAUCCAGAGCGUUGCACCUCUCUCAACUCUCAACCAACUUCAGGGGGAAAAAAGCACACAUCACACAGCUAGAUUGUAGCUUUCCGUCUCUCUUUCCUUCCCUUCGGCUUCUCCCGACGCUGUCGCUUGGACUUCUCCUCCUCUGCCUCCUCCUCUCGCCAUUUCCUCGCUUGACACUUUGAACGGACAGCGCCAUCUCAGCCCAUCAAAUCCCUGCUACUUCCGGAGCUCAAAUUCGUUUCCACAUCGGAAUGGCGUCAGAAACAGUCAAUCCAAAUGUCCCCAGCGCGCAAACUGUUGGAAAUGCCUUCGUUGAGCAGUAUUACCAUAUUCUUCAUACCUCACCUGAGUUGGUUCACCGAUUUUACCACGAUUCCAGUGUGCUAAGCCGUCCUGAUGGGAACGGUGAAAUGACAUCAGUGGUAACCAUGCAAGGUAUCAAUGAGAAGAUACUCUCAUUGAAUUUCAAGGACCAAAAGGCAGAGAUCAGAACAGCGGAUGCCCAGAAAUCUUAUAAGGAUGGAGUUACUGUGUUGGUGACAGGGUGCUUAACAGACAAGGACAAUGUAAGAAGAAAAUUUGCGCAGUCAUUUUUCCUUGCACCUCAGGACAACGGAUAUUUUGUCCUCAAUGAUGUUUUCCGGUUCGUUGAGGACAAUGAACCACUGGAUAACAUCUCGGUCAAUAGUAUUGACAACACCCUGGCAGUUCCCUCAGUGCCAGAUCCAGAGCCUUCACAUGUUCCUGAACCUUCUGCUCCCGAUCCUUCAACUUCAGUUGAGGUAGAGGUUGCAAAGGCUUCUGAAAAUGAAAGUGAGCCAUCAGACCAUGAGAAGAAGUUAACAGUGGAAAAAGAAAUUCCAGUAGAACCUCAAUAUCAUGCAAACGGGAACCAAACCUCUGUAGUUGAUGAAUCAGCUUCUUCUACAGCUCAAGAGGAUGCUCCUAAGAAAUCUUACGCAUCAAUUGUUAAAGUUGCAAAAGGUAGUCCUGGCCAAAUGAAAGUUUAUGUUCCUACUAAUUCAGCAAAGGCAACCUCUAAGAAAACUGAGGAUCCACCAGUUACUGUGGUAUCCGCUCCAGAGUCUGAAUCACGUAUGCCAUCUGGUGGUGAUGCACCUACAGAUAGCUUUGAUCAAGAUGAAGUUGAGGGCCACUCCGUUUACAUUCGGAAUUUGCCUCAUAAUGUGACUGUCUCUCAGCUUGAGGCGGAGUUCAAGAAAUUUGGACCAAUCAAGCCUGAAGGAGUCCAAGUUAGAUACAAUAAGCAACAAGGAUAUUGUUUUGGUUUUGUUGAAUUCCUUUCUCCGGACUCCAUGAAUAAUGCAAUCCAGGCUUCUCCUGUUCCAGUCGGAGGACGGCAAUCAAUUGUUGAGAUGAAGAGAACUUCAACUCGAGUUGGUAACGGAAGAGGUAGAUUCCCAACAGGAAGGGGUGGAAUGUAUCGCAAUGACAGCUUCAGAGGGGGUCGGGGGAACUACGGUGGAGGUGGUAGGGGUUUUGGUGGAAGACCGGAGUUUAACAACAACAACAACAGAGGUGAAUAUCCCACUGGUAGGGGAAGGGGUUAUCCAAGUGGUGGCAGAGGCGAAGGUUAUCAACAAGUUAGAGGUAGAGGCGGCCGUUCAGGUGGAGCAGCUAGGCAACCGAAUAGCGCUAAUGCCUCGUGAAAACUCCCUAUUUCUCUCUGUGUUGGAGUUUUCAUUCCUCGACUGUUCAUCAACUGUUCAUCCCGUGGGAGUAAGUAAGCGUCCUUGUUUUCCCUGUCUAUUAGAAAUAUAAAUGUAGAAGUGUUUUGGGUAUUCCAGAAAUGGAUGACCUCUAGAUUGCUAUACCAGCAUGGUUGUUUGCCAUAGUGGGGUGGGAGUCCCAUUUUGUAGGCUUUAGAAUUAGGAGUAGCCAUGCAGGCGUGGGGAACAUACUCAACUCAUCGGAAGUUCUUAUUCCGAUGUCGGCUGAUCGGUAGAUUUUUGGAUGUUGAUCAUGAUAGAGAAGAGGUUGCACAGUUAAUUGAGAGAUGGGUUCCUAGCUAUUAUUCAAAGGAGUGUUUUCUUUCUUCCUUUCAGGCAAAGCAUGUUGAUUAAUUGUACUAAGUAGUAUGCACGAUGAUAGUCGUUGAACAUAAUCACAAACUGGAGACAGUUUGGUACACAAAGUCAUUAGAUUUACACUCAAAUUCUUUUGUUAGUGAAAGAACACAUCAACGAGGUUUAAAAAAACACAUCUAUAGGCUGUUUGGUACAACAUAUGAAGUCUGAAACAGGGUCAGAAAUGAACUCUCGAAAAUUCUAAGUUUAUGAAAUCAUGAUGAGGAAGACCUGGAGAAACAGGGCAAGCAAGACAGCCAGCUCCUUACCGCCGCCGUGACCUUGGUGCACAACGUGGUUUGAGGUUCUUCUGUCUUCGUCUGCACUGGCUGCUGCUCCGGCUGUUCUUGUUGUUGCUCUGACAGUUUUUCAUUCUGACGAGUCUCCGCUUCAUUUGGCUCCUCCGCCACCGCUGCCUUCUUCUCCCCUGCAGCCUUCUGCUCUGCUUCCACUUUCCUUGUACUGUUUCUUCCCAUCUGUUCGUUCUGCAAUAUUGGGAACUGGAAAGAUUUGGUGCUGCUGGUCGAGUUCCGAUUAUUGCUGCUGCUGGAGGUGGAAUUCCGAUUAAGGGAACAGGCAGCUGACUGCGUGCUGGCAACUGGGGCGGCGGCAGCGGCGGGUGGAGGAGGAGGGAGCUGUACCUCCGGAGGGACGUUAAUGGUGAUAUUGUUACUCGGCGGAGGAUUAGCUGGGACGUGAAUGUUGAUGAUAUUGAUAUUGUUGAUGGGCUGAUUGGCAGGAGGAGGCAGGGGAGGCUGCCAUGUGGCGGCGGAGGGGGAAGAAGGUGGUUGGUUGUUCGUUGUCCUGGCCGCCGGCGUUGGGGGAAGGGCGGCGUAAUAAUCUUGAUCGAGCAUGGGGAGCUCCCCGGAUUUAUACAUCAUUGCAAUUUGGUCCCUGGAGAAGCUGUUGUUGCCCAUGUAGAUGCUGAACAGGGACUCGUUCGACGCCGUGCUCCAGUCGAUCCCGUUCCCCGACUUGGACGCGAACACGCCGGACGGGAUCCGAUUGGGGUCGUAGCCGGGUACUGCACAGCCGGCGGUGGGGGAGGUGGGCGUCGGCGGUCGGGGUGGGGAAGAAGAGUCGGCGGAGCUGCUGAUGACUGAACCCUCCACGUCACUGCUGGUGACGGCAUGGCGAUGGCGAUGGCGAUUGCUGUUGUCGUCAGCGCUGGCCGUGGAGUGGUGGCUGUUUGGGCGCGGGACAUUGUUGUGUUCGCGGUCCAUGGUUUGACGAAUUUGACGCUUUUCUCCUCUGUUUUGUUGGUGAUGGCAACUCUGCGGCUAAUGCAAAUCCGGGUGAGCCGGAGCUGAAAUUGCAGACGGCGAAGAUGAUUGAAGGGAGGAAGGAAGAAGAUGGAUUAUAAUUAAGACGAUGAGUGGAUUAAUGGCCGGAUUAAGAGAGCCCCGUGCAACAAAGCCAAACUGAAUUAAUCAUAAUCGCGUUUACUUGAUAAGUGUCAUUACCUAGCUGUUAACUGAUUUUACGCGGG